ACCACAUGUUAUCCAGAUAAGAGAGCGUGUACAAUUUCUUUUCUUAAAUUAGUCUUCCAAUCACACAGGAAUAGCUUUCCAUAAAGGAAAAAGGAAAAAUAUUCGUGCAACUGAACAUUCUGGUACUUCUUUACAUAUAAACAGCACAGCAUCAUCAUUCACAUUCUCAAGAAUUUGGUCUGCAGCAGUUCGAUCAUGGGUUUCUCAAUCUCACUCUUUUUCCUUCUCUUGCCUCUUUCUUUUCAGUCUUCAUCUUCCCUCUCCUCGUUGAACAAGGGGUCCUCUCUCUCAGUGGAGAAACAAGCACAACACUUUAUUCUCUCACCUAAUCAAAUGUUUUGUGCUGGUUUCUUUCAAGUUGGCGAAAAUGCUUUCUCCUUUGGCAUAUGGUUCAACGAUCCUCACUCUCACAACCCCAUCAAUGUGGUUUGGAUGGCAAACCGUGAUCAACCCGUAAAUGGGAAGCUCUCAAAGCUUUCUCUUUUGAACAGUGGUAACAUCGUCUUGGUUGAUGCUGGUCAAAUCACCACUUGGUCAUCAAAAACAGAAUCACAUGCCCCAGUAAAGUUGCAUCUCCAAGAUGAUGGUAAUCUUGUGCUAGAUGAGCCCCAAGGAACCAUUUUGUGGCAAAGUUUUGAUUUUCCAACGGAUACUCUGCUUCCUGAUCAACCUCUUACCAGAUUCACACAACUUGUGUCUUCAAGAAGCUUCACAAAUCAUUCCUCUGGCUUCUAUAAGCUGCUAUUUGACGAUAACAAUGUUCUUAGUCUCAUUUAUGAUGGCCCUGAUGUUUCAAGCACAUACUGGCCUCCCCCUUGGCUACUCAGUUGGCAAGCUGGAAGAUUUAAUUACAAUAGCAGCAGAGUUGCAGUGUUCAAUUCUCUUGGCAGUUUCCUUUCAUCAGAUAAUUAUGCUUUUUCCACCUAUGAUAACGGCACGGUUAUGCCCAGAAGAUUAACACUGGACUCUGAUGGUAACGUUCGUAUGUACUCUAGAAAUGAGGCUUUGAAGAAAUGGUACGUUUCCUGGCAAUUCAUAUUUGAUACUUGCAGCAUUCAUGGGAUUUGUGGAGCUAACACCACUUGCAGCUUUGAUCCUGAAAGGGGAAGGAGAUGCUCGUGUUUACCGGGAUACAGAGUGAAAAACCGUAGUGAUUGGUCUUACGGGUGUGAACCCUUGUUUGAUAUUACUUGCAAUAGAAAUGAGUCUACCUUUUUAGAGAUACAGGGCGUUGAGUUAUAUGGCUAUGAUCAUAAUUUUAUCCAAAACAGUACGUACAUGAACUGUUUGAAUUUGUGCUUGCAAGAUUGUAACUGCAAAGGGUUUCAGUAUAGAUAUGAUGAGGGGCAAGGAUUUAGCUGCUACACAAAGUUACAGUUGAGGAAUGGAAGGCAUUCACCAGGAUUUAGUGGAACAAUUUCGCUGAGACUGCCAAAAGGAAAUAACUUCUCCAAGGAGGAAUCUGUGAGAGCAGAAGAUCAUGUUUGUUUGGUGCAGCUUCAAAAGGGCUAUGUUACAAAACCAGAAAAUCGUUAUGUGAGAUUCUUUUUGUGGUUUGCUACUGCAGUUGGAGUUUUAGAAUUGAUUUGUCUUUCCAUGGUUUGGGGUUUCUUGACGAGGACGCGCCAAAAGUCUAGUGCAGAUCAACAAGGGUACCAUGUUGCUGCAGUGGGAGUUAGAAAAUAUAGUUAUUCAGAGUUGAAGAAGGCGACGAAGGGGUUCAGUGAAGAGAUUGGAAGGGGUGGAGGAGGGGUUGUGUACAAAGGUAUUUUAUCAGAUGAAAGACAUGCAGCAAUUAAGAGACUGAAUGAAGCUAAACAAGGAGAAGGAGAAUUCCUUGCUGAAGUGAGCAUCAUUGGAAGGCUUAACCACAUGAACUUGAUUGAAAUGUGGGGAUAUUGUGCUGAGGGAAAGCAUAGGUUGUUGGUGUAUGAGUAUAUGGAGAAUGGUUCUUUGGCAAAAAAUCUCUCAUCCAACUCUCUUGAUUGGAGUAAGAGAUACAACAUUGCCCUUGGAACUGCAAGAGUUCUGGCAUAUCUUCAUGAAGAAUGCUUGGAGUGGAUUUUGCACUGUGAUAUAAAGCCACAGAACAUACUUCUUGACGCUAAUUAUCAACCCAAGGUAGCAGAUUUUGGGCUAUCGAAGCUAGUGAACAGGAACAACCUGAAUAACAGUUCAAGGUUUUCAAUGAUAAGAGGAACAAGAGGGUACAUGGCACCUGAGUGGGUUUACAAUUUACCAAUCACUUCGAAAGUGGAUGUUUACAGCUACGGAAUUGUUCUUCUGGAGAUGGUAACUGGAAAAAGUCCAACAAUUGGCGUUCAAAGCAUUGAUGGAGAAGAAUCAUACAAUGGAAGGUUGGUAACAUGGGUGAAAGAGAAAAGGAGUGGCACCUACUCCUCUUGGCUGGAACAAAUCAUUAAUCCUGCAAUUGAAACAAACUACAAUAAAUUUAAGAUGGACCUUUUGGUUACAGUGGCUUUGGCUUGUGUUGAGGAAAGUAAAGAUUUGAGACCCACCAUGAGUCAAGUUGUCGAAAUGCUUCAAAGCCAUGAAAGUAACCCUAAAUCAUAAUAAUGGUGUGCACCAU